UCGUUUGGUUUCAUUUUUUUCUGGAAAAGUUAACAAGUUAGCCAUUUCCAAGCAGUCAUGAGACUCCACAGAUGUUGGAUGAUUCCCAGGAGAGGUUACAUGGUGUUGUCUUUACUGCUGGUUCUGCUGCUGGUCGGUGGAGUCUUGAUGGCUUUUGUGCCUUCUGCAGAGAAACAUCAAGGAGCAGACUUCAGACAACACAGCAACCCAGGGCUCACACAAUCUCACAAGCAACACAGGAUGGUGGAAGAGUCCAAAUUUACUAUCAUUAUGCAGACUUACAACCGCACAGACGUUCUGCUCAAACUUCUGAAUCAUUACCAAGCGAUGCCUCAUCUGCAGAGAAUUAUUAUAGUGUGGAACAAUAUUGGGGAGCCUACACCUCAGAAGUUAUGGGACUCCUUAGGACCUCACCCUGUUCCUAUAGUUUUCAAACAACAAAGUACCAAUUUAAUGCGUAACAGACUACAAUCAUUUAAAGAGAUUGACACUGAUGCUGUAUUGAUGCUGGAUGACGACACCUUGGUCAGUGUUCCAGAUGUCAGUUUUGCCUUCUCUGUCUGGAAUCAAUUUCCAGACCAGAUUGUUGGGUUUGUCCCCCGUAAGCAUGUGGUCACAGACAAAGGAAUUUACAGUUAUGGAAGUUUUGAGUUACAGAACCCAGAAAUCUCAGGAGGAGACCGGUACUCCAUGGUGUUAAUUGGUGCAGCUUUCUUCCACCGUCGAUAUCUGCAGCUCUUUCAGGAACAGGAUAAGGCGGUGCUGGCAUUGAUAGAUGAAACUCAAAACUGUGAUGACAUUGUAAUGAAUUUUGUUGUGUCUCUGUACUUGAAAAAGAUACGUGAAACUAGUUACAACCGGCCAUCUGGAGUCUUUGUCAAACCAGUUGACAUGCGAAAUCUCGAAAAGGAUGCCAGUAGCGGGUAUCAGGGAAUGUGGCAUCGUCCAGAACAUCUACUUCAGAGGUCUUACUGUCUGAACAGGCUGGCACACAUUUAUGGUGUCAUGCCGCUCUGCUUUUCCAACUUGAUGGUUUCUCAGUUUGGUUUUCCGAGCUACGCAAACCACAAAAGUAGAGGCUGAAUAUGACAAAAGGAAUUUGAGUCAUUUCUGCUUAAAAUGACCAAAUUAUGACCCUAUAUUUCCCCAUAUUUGCAGUUUUAUUUGUAGUCAACCUAUUUUGGAACCUUUUUUAAAAUUUAAGUUUUUAUGUUAUCCUUAUCGUUCAGCAUCCCUCUGC